GUUGGUUUAAUAAAAGAUACCACAUCUACCCAAAUAACCUUUCCAGUACUUCCUCGGUCUUUCAAAGACAGGCUUAGUGCCCUAACUCCAGGAAGGCCUUGUACAAGCUUCGGAAAAUUUGGAUCUAAAUCCAUCAGGUUCUUUCUGACACUUACCUGCUAACAGAGCCAGCUCAUGCAGGUGUGGCUAGUUAAAGGAAAGAGCAGCUGCCUCUCAACCAGUCGUCAGCUAAUGAGUCAGUGUACAGAAGUCCUGCAUUAGAAGCCAGUUAUUUAUUAGUCUAUAUGUUAAAUAGACUUUUUAGAAAGAGUGUUUUGGUCUCCCUCUGAUUGCAGGAUGUGCUCUGAAAACAGAAACAUAAUUAAUUAGUUACUCUGACAGAAAAGAAAAGUGUUAUCUGAAGAUGGAGAGAAAUGAAUCAGCAAAUUAUCCUGGAGCUGGAGCUGGAGCUGGAGCUGGAGGAGAGAGUCCAUUCAAUAAGAACCAGUAUCAGGGCAGGGGGGUUCCACCGGCCCAAUAUUGGGUCCAGACUCAUCCACCGGCAAGCCCUUCACCUUAUGUUUUGAAUGUGGAGAAUCCUGAUCUGCUGCCUCCUGCCUACCAGCAUCAAGCAGCUGGAGAAGCAAUGCCAAAUGAUCGUCUGGCUGCAGUCCAUGACAAGCCCCCUGCAUAUCAGAGUCCUAUGGAAGAGUCCAGCCAAUUCUCUGACAAGGCUAUCCGACAAGCUUUCGUCAGGAAAGUGUAUCUCAUUUUGACUGUUCAGCUGGCUGUAACUGUUGGCAUAAUCUGCAUUUUUAUUUACUGGAGGAGACUUAAAGUAUGGAUAUGGAUGAAUCCCUGGUUUACAUACGCUCUGUUUCCAGCAAUCCUUAUUUUGGCAAUUGUCCUUGCCUGCUGUGAUAAUGCCCGCAGAAAAUUUCCAUUGAACUUAAUUUUAUUGGCAAUAUUUGUAAGUACUUUACUAGAAUUAAUGAAGGUCUCUUAUUGUCUAUGCUCCAUUUCCACUAAUGUGUGUUAUUUCUAUUCCAGUAGCUGA